AUGGCGUCCCUCCCUUUGCCUCGUGUUGAGUCCCUGGUGGACUGUACCUCCUUCAAGUUGACUGUUCUGCCCUACCUGGCCCAGCUGCAAUGGCUCCCCGCCAGUUUGCGCGAAGCUGGUAGGGACGUGGCGAGCUUGAAGGCCGUCUACAUCGCCACCAACCCGCUCGUGUCGGCGCUUGCGCUUGGCGCAUGUUUCGCUGUGCUGUUCUUUUUGGCGGCCGAGAUCAACCGCAACUAUUCGCAAGUGGACCGCUUCUGGAGCAUUUUGCCCGCUGUGUACAACGUGCAUUUCGCUGCUUGGGCGCGCCUGGUCGGACUGCGGACCCAGACACUGGACAGUAUCGCUGUUGUCACCGUUCUGUGGAGCGUUCGCUUGACUUUCAACUAUUGGCGCAAAGGGGGCUACCAGAUUGGCUCGGAGGACUACCGCUGGCAGAUAGUGCGCUCGAAGGUCAACAGCACCUUCCUCUUUACAAUCUUCAACUUUUCCUUCAUUGCCGCUGCCCAGUCGCUGCUACUGCUCCUCAUCACCGCGCCGACCUAUGUUUUUGUCGUUGUCGCCUACAACCAGGGGGCCGAGACCUUUGGUCUUCCCGACUUGGCCUUUUCCCGCGCCGUAUUCUUCUUUCUCAUCAUCGAAUACCUUGCCGACCAGCAGCAGUGGAACUUCCAGGCUGCUAAACGCGAGUACCUGGACCAAGCGCGCAUCUCCGAACAGUACAAGGACCAGUUUUCUUUCGAGGAUCUUGAGCGCGGCUUUGUGGUCAGCGGUCUCUGGGCGUGGUCCCGCCACCCCAACUUUGUCGCCGAGCAGGCCGUAUGGCUGACCCUAUAUCUGUGGACCUGCUACCGCACCGAGACCUACGUCCAGUGGGCCGGUCUGGGUGUCGUGGGCUACCUCCUGAUCUUCCAGGGAAGCACGCGUCUUACUGAGUCGAUCACCGCCGGCAAAUACUCCGAGUACAGCGAGUACCAGGCUCGUGUGGGAAGAUUCCUUCCCCGCCUGUCGGCCGAAGCCAAGGUCACCAAGGGUGCUGGCAAGAAGAAGGCUGCCCUGCCGACUGAGCAGCCCGAUGCCGAGGGAAAGAAGAGCAAAUAA